ACCAUUUAGCGUGAUAGUUAUUAUAAAAUUGUAUAUUUUAUGUAGUUUUGAUCGUCAAUUUAUUUUCAAUUACUCUAUAUGUGAAAAUUAUAUUAGCUCUACAGCACUAUAGCUGUGUUCAAGCUAUUUCAUUGUUGAAACCAUUGUUUGUUUCGUUGACUCUACAAAGCCUCAUCGUCGACAAAAUGAAGAUCACGGAUAUGAAUCUCAUCUGUCUCGAAGAAUGUUUCGAAUAUUUGCAGCUGAAGGACAUUCUAAGUGUUGCCGACACAACCAAGCGCCUACGUAAAGCCGCUCAAGGCGUUUACCUUCGAAAAUAUGGUGAAAAAACUACGAUAGAAUAUAGCUACAAUCAAUUGUGGCUAUGUCGUACCAAUAAACCAUCAAUUAAAUUUGAUGAUUUGAAAACGCCCCUUCAACUUUUACGCUGUUUUGGACAUAUGAUUCAUGAUAUGGAGAUCAAUUUUGAGAAAUCUAACAGAGGUAGAGUCCAAAAGCUACUUAUGCAACUCAAUGAAUAUUGUGCCGAAUCUUUAAUCAAACUCACAUUUAUUGGUGUUAAGAAAAAUGAAUUGAAUAUACUAACUAAACCAUUCACAAAAAUCCAAGAAGUUGUGACGAAAAUGGGGUUCUUACCCGAAAAUGGCUUGCUUUGCAAACUAUUUCCAAAAAUGGAGGAAUUUGGAUGCAUCGCUUUUGAUGAAAAGCCAAUAGGAAACAUAAAUUGUCUGACAUAUCAUUUUCCUCACUUGAAACGUUUUGGCAUUAUAUUUACUUUGAAAGCUGCAUUUAUGCAUCGACCUAUGGCAGGACAAAUGGCAGAAUUUUUGCGGUUAAAUCCACAAUUGGAAAAACUAUCUCUUCACAAUUUUAAUGUCAUUGGUCAAAGACCUUUUUUCGAUCUGAAAACAUUUCGGAAUGUAAUUGAACCGAUGGAAAAUUUAGAAUUUCUCAAAUUGAAAGGCAAUUGUGCAUAUUUUUACAACUCCGAUGGAACCGAAAUUCAUUUGAAAAGUAUAAAAAGGUUCGAGUUAACUGGACAGCGUGCAAAUACAAUAAAAUAUCCAUUUCGGUUUGAUCGACUUGAGUUCUUUCACAGCAAUGAUAAAAUGAAGGUACAUUUCUACGAUUUCAUUGAACGACAUCCAACCAUAACGAAAUUAUUGAUUGAACGCCCUAAUGUUGAUUUUUUACGCCUCGCAAAAGCACAACCAUUGCUAUCGUCAAUGGUUCUUCAUUAUAAUAUUUCAAUCGAUGAUGUGCUUUUUCUUGUGUCUAUUUUUAAGUUACUUGAAAUACUUCAGAUCAGUCCGUUAAGUUUACACAAUGGAAAAACAGAUGAAUUGCGCGCACGUUUGGGACAUGAAUGGCACGUUUCAGUGGAUGUAUUCUUGAGAGAGGUCGAAAUUCACCGCGUAACUUCGAUUCGCAAAUAAAAGAUUACUGAUUACCAGUUUUCAUAUACCACGAAAUGUGGUUCACUUGAACAAUUUUCCAUUACAUACAUUAUCCUUCCCAAAUGAAUCAUCUCCUCGAAUUUCCAACUCAAACUCAAUUGAUGUAAAUGUGAUAAAUACUCACUUUAAAAAUAGACACACACUGACAUAAUUAUUUUAUUGUAAAACAAGAGCGAUUGUUCAUUAGAACAAAUACGACAGACAACUCAUUUGAUUUACCUCUCGAACGGACAAGAGAUUUAGGUCAAUAAACGGCCAAGUAGGGUCACCAGUGACCACAAAUUGUUUUUUUUUUUUCAAAAAAAAUGAAAUAA